UGACGUCAAACUGGCGCGACUGAAGGUAUAGUCAGAAACAAACGUGAUCGUUUGGGGAGCUUAUGUUCAGAUGUGAAUGUUUGUAAUUAUUUAAUAACCGGAGGUACAUAUCGUUGGGAGCAACGUCUUCAUAUCAGUCCACAAUGAGUUCGUCAAUGCCGCAGAAACGUUACUACAGACAGCGAGCUCAUUCAAACCCGAUGGCGCACCACACGUUUGACUAUCCGGUGUGUCCAGAGGAAAUGGACUGGUCCAAGCUUUAUCCAGAUUUAAUAACUGGCAACCUGUCCGACAAAGAAACCCCACAAGUCGAGUUUGCAGACAUUGGAUGUGGGUAUGGAGGACUUUUAGUGGAGUUAUCUCCACUCUUCCCAGAUAAACUCAUCCUUGGUUUGGAGAUCAGGGUGAAAGUCUCAGAUUAUGUUCAAGACCGUAUCCGGUCACUGCGUUCCUCCAACCCAGGAAGCUUCCAGAACAUCGCCUGCCUUCGCAGCAAUGCAAUGAAAUACCUCCCUAACUUCUUUUUCAAAGGGCAGCUCAGUAAGAUGUUCUUCCUCUUCCCUGACCCUCACUUUAAGAAGACCAAGCAUAAAUGGAGGAUCAUUAGUCCCACUUUGCUAGCAGAAUACGCCUACACACUGAGAGUUGGGGGUUUGGUGUACACUAUAACAGAUGUGGAGGAGGUCCACCUCUGGAUGGUGAAGCACUUCAUGGAACAUCCGCUGUUUACACGUGUCGCAGAUGAAGAACUGGUUGAUGAUAUUAUCACAAGUCGUUUGGGUACGUGUACAGAGGAGGGGAAAAAAGUGCAGAGAAAUGGAGGGAAGAAUUUCCUCGCAGUUUUCCGGAGGAUUGAAGAUUCACCCUGAGACAAAAUACUCUGGACUUUCUGAAAUUUGGGUCUCAUAAACUUAUCUGUUCAUGGAGGGUAACACUGCUCAGUGAACCUGCAGUCAGUUAUUCGCCAAACAGAUGAACAUCAAAGGUUUUUUUUAUUUUGUUUUGUAUACUUGUGUAAAGGAAGAAACUAUUUUACAGGAUGACAGAUUUUUUUUUCUAAGCUUUUUCUCAUAAGAUAUUUAAUUUCUCAGUUUACAAGAGAAAUAAAUCAUUUAAAGAUUUAA